CCUUUGCACGGCAUCAUCAAAAUAUCCGGCUCCUUUCUCUCUGCGAAGAAUCUGACGGGAAGGGAGCCGCGUGUGCGCGUCGAGGGGGGUGUUGGUCAGUUUCGGUUCUUCGGCGUGGCGAGAUUCCUUUUCUGCUUCCGGCUCUCCCUGGGUGGAAAAUCGCAGGCCGGCUGGGCUAUAAAUCACCGGCCGCGGCUACCAACCCGUUACCUAGCUAUGCGUGCGUGUCUCUUUCUUCCUUUCCCCUGGGACUAACUGCUAUUUUCUCUCCUCUCUCACUGCUUCCAUCAGCAAUGGCGACGCUGUUCAAAAUGAGCAGAUGCCCGCAAGACGCAGAGAGAUACCCGCUGAGCGCAAAUGAGAUAAUCAGCACCAUGGAGACCCAGGUGUCCAACGGCCCCACCAGUAACAGCGGCCUCCCCAACGGGCCGCCCCUGAGCGCCAACGGGGCGGCCGACGACAGCAAAACCAACCUCAUCGUCAACUACCUGCCCCAGAACAUGACGCAGGAGGAAUUCAAGAGCCUCUUCGGCAGCAUCGGGGAGAUCGAGUCCUGCAAGCUGGUCCGGGACAAGAUCACAGGGCAGAGUUUAGGUUACGGGUUCGUGAAUUACGUGGACCCGAACGACGCAGACAAAGCGAUUAACACCCUGAACGGGCUGAAACUGCAGAUGAAAACCAUCAAGGUCUCCUACGCCCGGCCCAGCUCGGCCUCCAUCCGCGACGCCAACCUGUACGUGAGCGGCCUGCCCAAGAGCAUGAGCCAGAAGGAGAUGGAGCAGCUCUUCUCCCAGUACGGCCGCAUCAUCACCUCCCGCAUCCUGGUGGACCAGGUCACAGGCGUCUCCCGAGGGGUGGGCUUCAUCCGCUUCGACAAGAGGAUAGAGGCGGAGGAGGCCAUCAAGGGGCUGAACGGGCAGAAGCCGCUGGGGGCCAGCGAGCCCAUCACCGUCAAGUUCGCCAACAACCCCAGCCAGAAGACGGGCCAGGCGCUGCUGAGCCACCUGUACCAGACCACGGCGCGGCGCUACACGGGGCCGCUGCACCACCAGACCCAGCGCUUCAGGCUGGACAAUUUGCUAAACAUGGCCUACGGCGUUAAGAGGUUCUCGCCCAUCACCAUCGACAGCAUGACCAGCCUGGCGGGCGUCAACCUGACGGGCGCCUCCAGCGGGGGCUGGUGCAUCUUCGUCUACAACCUGUCGCCGGAGGCGGACGAGAGCGUCCUGUGGCAGCUCUUCGGGCCCUUCGGCGCCGUCACCAACGUCAAGGUGAUCCGCGACUUCGCCACCAACAAGUGCAAGGGCUUCGGCUUCGUCACCAUGACCAACUACGAGGAGGCGGCCAUGGCCAUCGCCAGCCUCAACGGGUACCGGCUGGGCGACCGCAUCCUGCAGGUCUCUUUCAAGACCAGCAAGCAGCACAAGGCCUGAGCGAGGGCCCGAGCCGAGGGCAGGAGAGAGGAGCCAUGGCAGAGACUGGGCAGCCCCCCCCUCGACACCCCGACCUGAUGGAAAGAAAGACAACCCCCCCCCAGAACCUCCCGCCCCAUGGCGGGCACCGUCCCCCACCCCGUAGUGGGCUCCGUCCUCCCCAACUCCAUGGCGGGCACCAUCUUCCCCCCCGAUGGCGAGCGAUAGUGCCCAGCCCUGUGGCGGGCACCGUCCCCCCCAGCCCCAUGGCGAGUGACCCGUGGAUGGCGCGCGAUGCCCCCCCCGGGGGGAGCGGAAGGAAACGAACGCCUCGCAGCCUCGGUGAGGAGAAAUGAGCUGCCAGGGAGCUGUGACGGGACAUCGAGGGGGUGCCAUGGUCCCACCCCGCCUGCAGGCGAGGCAAACGUAAGCCUGACCUCCCCAUGCUUCCCCCGCGGAACUGUGCCCCAUGGCAUCGCGAGGACCCCAGCGGGGGCAGGAGAGGGGACCCCCGUUAUGUGCUGAAUUCCAAUGGCCCCUCCAUUUUGCGGUCCCCCUGGACCUCCCUUUACAUCCUGGCCCCUCUGACAGCCAUCCUGAGGUUCCCCCCAACAUUGUCCCCCAUCUCUCCCCCUUGGAUUCCCCCAACUCACAUGUGUGGGGAGGGGAUUCCUGGCAGGGCUCUCAGUGGUGAUCAAGAAGCGCCUCUGGGCUGGGGGGGCAGAUGGGUGAGACGUUAUCGGGGGCCGGGGCUGCUAUUCCCAAUUAGCACUGGGCAGGGGGUGGGGUGGGGAGGGGCUGCUGCUGUUGAGUUUCUGGGGGUAAAAUGCUCCCCUGAGACCCACCCCCUUCGCCAUCAGAACAUGGGGUCCCAGCCUGGCUGUCGGGGAAGGGCCGUGGUGCCAUCUGCCAUUGCAAAGCGGACUCCUGCUUUCACCCAGCUGGGGCGGGCUCAGGGGCGGACUCGGGGGAUCGGGGCCGGUGAACCUCAGCUCGAGUGACUCCAGCCGGGGCUCGUUCCUGACUAAAGCCCCGAUCCUGGCAAGGCUGGUGUGUGUGUGUGGGGGGCAUUCGGGUGACCGUGUCUUUAAAAUCCAGGCAUGCGUCUCUUCCAGCCCCGACUCAACAGCCACCGGCUUUGCCGCCAGCUCGGCCCUGGCACAAGGGCCACAUAGUCCAAAGGACCCGGUACCUGGGGCCAGUGGGUGCUUAGCGCCAAAAGCAGGGCAUUAGUACAAGCCCCGCCCACUUGGUGCAAAGGCCAUGCCCAUUCUGCAAACGCCACACCCACUUGGUGGGUAGGCCACGCCCACUCCGUGUGGCGCUCUGUCCCCCUCUAGUGGUGGCUGGAUCACACACAGAGGUGGAGGAGCCUAUGCCGACUUGGCUAACAGGUGGUAGCAACCCUUGUUUACAAUGCAAGGUCCCGGGUUCAGGGCCCACAGCUGAUCCCCCCCCAGCCCCGGUGUCACCCUAACACCUGCCUGGCUCCGACAGCGUCCGUGCGCCCUCCCUUUGCUCCCAGCGCCGUUCGCCGCACUGUUUCCAGGGGCCGUGGUGAGAAGCCCAGCCCCAGGGUGGCCAUUGCAUGGGUGGCUGGAGCCUCACGCGUGCGUCGGCCGCUGGCAAUUCAUGCCGUCCAGGAGACGUGACUGGGCUGUUGUAUCAAAUCCGCGGGUUGACCCAUCAGAACCGUGCUCCCGGGCCCGAGGCUUAGGGGCCGCGUUUUGAAAGGCACUUGCUUGCAGAGCGGCGCCUGGCGGGGGUUUGAUGUCAGUGGGAGUUAGGUCCGUAGCUUCAGUGCCUUUGAGGAUCUGAGGUUAGGUGCCUCCCUUUAGGUGCCUAACCCCCUUUGACACCAUUGGAGGCGCUGAGCCAUAGCGGCCUGCGUCUCACUGAAAUAUGGGCUGCUUAAUUGGUCUAGAAAUUGGAUCCCUCCUUGUUCCCUGCACCCCCUAAAGAGCCCUGAUCCCCAGGCAGCAUUUACCCUUUCCCUGAUGCCCCCCCACCCUGCCACGCAGUCUUCAGAUUGCCCCUACUUUCUUUCCAAAACUGCCCCGAGCAAAAUGGGGAAAUGGGGAGGGGGGGCACAAAGGGAUGUUUAAAUAAAUGGAUUGAACCCAUUUGAAAAGCAAGAGAAAGUUACCCGCCCCCUCAACCUCCCCUCCCCGCCCCUGUGUUAAUUUAUUUCCUAAAGAACGGUUGUUUUUUUGUUGCCAAAAAGGGGUGGGGUGAGGGGGAAAGGAGCAGGGCUUCCUCUCUCAGCUCGUGAACGAACAAAUGAAAUAAAAUAAUAAUAAAUAAUAAUAAUAAUAGAAAAGGCUGAAAACAGAAAUAAUAAAAAACCAACAAAAAAAUGGGAAAAAAAUCUAUUUUUAUAAAAAAGGGAAAAAACCAACCUCGCUGGGAAUUUUUACUGGGAUUCUUGAACUUCACACACAAACACACACACACACACACACACACACACAAAGCAAAUAAAAAUAAGAGAAAAUCUUUUUUGUUUUUAACAAAGAGGUUCUGUGAUUGCCCAACUCAGGGCCAAGAUGGGAAUGGAAAUGGUUGUUUUUUUUCUCUGGGUUUCGUUUCAGAAGGGGGGGGGCGUGAGCAUUCACGAUUGUUACCGAGGAUAUUUUUUUAUUUAACAUUUUACGACAAAAAAAAAAACAAAACAAAAAAAACCAAAAAAACAAAACAACAACAACAACAAAAAUAAAACCUAGCAGAGAAAAGCAAGGGGAAAAAAAUUUAAGAGAGGAUUUAAAAAACGCCCCAAACUAACCAGAAACACAACUGAUUUUAUCCAGGGAAACAUGCUUCAUAUUGACAUUACUUACGUUUACACCCAAUUCCAUAUUUUUGAAAAAGAGCCGUGGUUUCCUCCUUCCCCUUGUUUCUGGGGUGAAAAACUUUGGCAGUGCAUGAACCUUUCUUAUUGAUUUAGUGUCUGUAUCAUAGUCAUGCCUGGGAGCUCUAGGCUUGGAUCAAUCUCAUUGUGCGAGGCUUGGCACAGAUAAUAAACCAGUCGAUGGAAGUGGCACAAAAGCAUUUCUGAUGAUCCAAGGUGAGGGUGGAUAAAACAAAUCCCAACCCUGAACAGAAAUACAGGAGUGAUUCACUUAUUGAUGUCUCAGAAUUGCAUUUGACUGGGUCGAGAGGAGGAUCAGUUUCGGGGCAUCUCAUAUGCUCAUGGGUUCAUAGGCCUUGAUAGCUUCAUAAAGUUUCAGGGACCAUUGGAUUGUCUAGUCCAGUGGUUCUCAAACUGUGGGUUGGGACCCCAAAGUGGGUUGCAACCCCAUUUUAAUGGGGUCACCAGGGCUGGCUUAGACUUGCUGGGGCCCAGGGCCAAAGCCCGAGCCCCACACCCAAGGCUCAGCCUGAGGGUUCAGCCCUGCAAUUGGGACUCAGGUUACAGGCUCCGCACCUGGGGCUGAAGCCCUUGGGCUUCAGCUUUGUCCCGCUAUCCCUUCCCACCCCAACCCAGGUCAGUGGGGCUCGAGCAGGCUCCGGCUUUGGUCCCCCCUCCUUGGGUCGUGUAGUAAUUUUUACUGUCAGAAGGGGGUCGCAAAGCAAUGAAGUUUGAGAACCCCUGCUCUAGUCCAACCGGCUGUAUGGACCAAGCCAGAGAACUCCACCUGGCAAUUCGCCGACCCAGCACAUACCUUGUGAUUGCGCUAGAGCGGCGCGUUUAGAAAGACAACUCCCCCAUCUGGGUGUGAACGCUCCAGUUGCUCCAGAGCCUGUCUUGCUCCACGGGAGGCUGCUCCAGGGGGUCACCCCUCUCGCUGUGCAAACUCGGCACCACUAUUUCCACUCUGAAAUUGUCUGGCUUGGAAGCUGGAUCUCCCUUUGCCCUGUGGCAUCAGCUCUGGUUCCCCAGCGUCGGGGACCGACCAGCGAUGGUCAAGCUGCUGCCUAAGCUUCGCUUCCAUCGGCAAAAUUGAUUUGAGCCCUCCUGUGUCCCAGCCUAAAGGCAAGUGUCCAGAGCCCAAAAUUGCUCUCUGAGGCCUUCUCUGAACCGGCCCCAGUUUUUCCAACAGAGGAAUGCCAAAGCCAUCAUGGUGGCAAGCUGCACGCUCUACCACGGUGCCCCGAGCACGAAAUACCAGGCUCCAGCUAAAAGACAGGACCUCACCCACCCUGUCUCUCUAAUACCAUGAGGACACCAAGGUAGCAGAAUGCCCGGAGCAUGGCCUCCCACGAUGCCCUGGCUGUGAGCUCGCAUGGAAACACAAUGCCCAUAGCCGCCUCCUUCGUGCCUCCUGUCUCCUCCCCUGAAACGGUGGCCUCAGCGAUGCCUCAGCAAGAGAAGCCAAGCCCUGUGUACCCCCACCACAUCACCACGGCCAUGCUACGAAACUGAUCCACCCAGGAGACCCACAUCUUUGCACCAGCCCUUCCCCUGAUGGGGAGGUGCUACUUUCUUUCAAGCCAUGGGAUAAUCACGGGGAUGGGGUUUGUUUAAGAAGUCACUGUCCAGCCACCUAUAGCCACCCCGGUCAAUUACCCCAAUUCCCAACCUUACAGCUGGGGGUAGGACUUACAACUGGCCAGAGCUCGCUCUCCUCCGCUCUCAGGAAGGUCUCUGGAGCUUUACCGAAUGCUGCGCGGGACGUUUUGGUCAAAACUCUUCCUGGGGACAUCAAAUUGUUGGAAAAAGGAGCAUUUUCAGGGAAACGUCUCCUUCCCCCGCCCCCCCGACGUCCAGCUCCUGCGUUGGAAACCUGAAAAUGCAGGGCCCAAACCUGGAGUUUUAGGGUUUUCAGCUAAAAAUGUCUCAGUUUUUUGCCAAUAUUUGGCUAACAAAUUUCUGGUCACUGGCUGAAUUCUGUUGUUUCAGUUUUCUGCAGGAAAUUUUCUAGGGUUUGGGCCAGAUUUUUCCAGGUUUUGGCCAUCUUUGGCCAAACAUUUACCCGGGUUAGGGAGGUUUGGGCCAUAAUAUUUUGGGAGAUUUGGGUAAUUUCCCCCCAUUUUCAUCACUCCCCCCCCUCCCAGUUUUCAGCCAAAGGGUUUUCAGGUUUUAAUUUUUGGUUAAACAUUUACCAGUUGUUAACCGCUCAAUUCCUCCCAGUUCUGAGAUUUUUUUUGACCCAUUCUUUUCCCUUUUCAUUGGGUUUGGGUUAAAUUUUCCCAUUUUCAGCCAGUUUAGGCCAUUUUUCAAUAUUUUGGGGACAUUUGGGGGCCAAGAAAUGUACCAGUGUUUGACCGUUUUAUUGUCAGGUUUCAAAAAUUUUGGUCCAAAUAAAUUUCUGGUUUUGGUAAUUUUCAGCCAUCAUUUUUCAGCUUUCUGCUGCCAAAUGCUCAAUUUGUUUUUGGUUUUCCAACGAAAAAUCUACAUUUUCCAACAGCGGGAAAAAGAAACCCCUGUUCUCCCACCAGCUCGAAUUUAACCACGGCCUCCGUCGGGAGCCAGUUUCUCCUAGUGCUGGUCGCUUGUAGCAGAGCUCUACCCUCGGUUAAUUUCUUUUAAGGAUGUUUCGUUUCAAGGCGUUUAAAGGGGCAAUUUCCUGGAUUUCUGUUGAAAAACCACUUUCAGCUCCUUGAAGUCCAGCCGUUUCUGAGAAAAUAUCUUCCAGUGUCUCACGUCUAAGCCAAAAUAUAGAGAGAAUAAAUCUUUCAGGAGUCCCGACAGACUUUUUAAACAAUCAUUCGUUUUGCUCUGUAGGCUUCUUUCGUUCGUAGCAGCAUAGAGCGGCUCCAGUGAUGGAAGGGAACGAUCCUUAGAGUGGUGUUACUAACGCACCUGUCUGCUUUUCUUUUCUACUCCGCCCUUCCAAGAGCGAGCGGAAAUUACGUUGAUUUAAACUAACUCCCAAACCUUAAAAAGGGGGAAACGCAAUUGCUCUUGCUUUAGCCAAGGCACGUCUUGGCGAUUCACGUUACAGCUCACCUCCCAAACAACACACAUCAGCUACUUUUGGGUUUAGGUUUUGUUUUUGGUUUUUUUAAUUUGAUUUUCGAUUUUUGGUUUGACAAAAACGAGACCAAGUCUUUCACUUUAGAAAACAAACGGGACAAAAAACAACGUAAAAAAGAGAACGUAAUGAUAAUUAAACCUUUUAGCAUUAGUUGAGUUUUAAUUGUUUAAAUGAUUUAGAAGUUAGUUUAGGAUUUCUUGAUUUUUGAAGAUAAAUGUGUUCUGUGUUUGUAAGAAUCUGUGAGAGCUUCUGUUUGCGAAAAAACAUACAAAAAUGACAAAAAAAAAUUUUAACUGGCACCAUUAACUUGUAUCUUUUUGCGGAUUUUAGCUUCUUGUAGUUUUAACUUAUUGUUAACUUAAAUAUUUAUUAUUACUGCCUUGUACGAGUACAUUUGUGUAUAUUUAUGUUAUCUCAUCAGAUUUGCAAGUUAAAAAGGAACUAUUUUUUAAUUUGCUGAGACGUGGUUUUACCUAAUUUAUUUAUUAAAGAAAAAGGGAACUGAAAAAUCAAAUAAUAAUCAUCAUAAUAAAAAAGAGUAAAACGUGUAAGGACAGAUUCUCCGAUCGAGGCAAAGUGCACUGACUUAAAUUAAGGGGGAUAAUGUAAGCAAAAAAAGAAAAGCGUAUAGAUCGAUUAUCUACAAAAGUGUGUCUGUGGGAAUCAAUGUUACGUCGAUUACUUUUGUCUUGUAGGGGGGAAUUGCAAACCUGUUUCUGCUCUUCAUUCUUCUAGCAGGUUAAGGGAAUCAAAUUUCUAGCUUGUCGUUUUUAUCUAUUUCUUCUUCUUCUUGUGUGUAUUUAUUAGCCCUUUCGCCCC